GUAGCUUUGGGCGGCCGGACCUUAGAAAGUCACACAUCUGCGCGCCUGUGUGGCCCCUGCUUCUGCGGAUGCUGAGGCACGUAAAAAAAUUUGAACAAGGGAAUUUCGCGGCAUUCUUGGCCUGGCUUCCUGGCGUAGCCAGCAAGCUCGGAGGUGUUAACCGCUGCUGUCAUGUUUCUUUUGCUAAACUGCAUCGUCGCUGUGUCCCAAAACAUGGGCAUCGGCAAGAACGGGGACCUGCCCAGGCCGCCACUCAGGAAUGAAUUCAGGUAUUUCCAGAGAAUGACCACAACUUCUUCAGUAGAGGGUAAACAGAAUCUGGUGAUUAUGGGUAGGAAGACCUGGUUCUCCAUUCCUGAGAAGAAUCGACCUUUAAAGGAUAGAAUUAAUUUAGUUCUCAGCAGAGAACUCAAGGAACCUCCACAAGGAGCUCAUUUUCUUGCCAGAAGUUUGGAUGAUGCCUUAAAACUUACUGAAGGACCAGAAUUAGCAAAUAAAGUAGACAUGAUUUGGAUAGUUGGUGGCAGUUCUGUUUAUAAGGAAGCCAUGAAUCUUAAACUAUUUGUGACAAGGAUCAUGCAGGACUUUGCAAGUGACACGUUUUUUUCAGAAAUUGACUUGGAGAAAUAUAAACUUCUGCCUGAAUACCCAGGUGUUCUCUCUGAUGUCCAGGAGGGGAAACACAUCAAGUACAAAUUUGAAGCAUAUGAGAAGAAUGAUUAAUAUGAAGGUGUUUUCUGGUUUAAGUUGUUCCCCCUCCGAGAAAAGUAUGCAUUUUUACAUUAGAAAAGAGACUUUUGU